AUGCUGCAAUCUUUCAUGCCAGUAUCAAAGGGAGAAGAAGGAAAAAGAGAAUCUUGUCCAUUGAAGAAACUGAUUGCACUAGAGUUCAUGAACCUGGUUGAAUUUCUCUCAGCUCACUUUACUUGUGAGGAAGUGAAGAAAGUUGUUUUUGAUAUUCCUGGGAUUAAAACACCCAGUCUUCAUGGAUUUGCUAGUUUCUUUUUCCAAGAUAAUUGGGAUAUUGUGGGAACUGUGGUCAAGUGUCCAAACACAGUGAAAGACUUCAGACCCAUUGCAUGUUGCAAUGUCAUUUACAAGGUAGCUAGACUUAAACAUAUUCUCCCUGAGCUUGUUGCACAAAAUCAAGGAGGAUUUGUUAAAGGAAGGUAUAUUGGCCACAAUAUUAUGAUUUGCCAGGAUUUGCUCAGACAUUAUGGAAGGAAGGCCAACAAGCCUAGCUGCAUGAUCAAGUUGGAUCUUCAAAAGGCUUAUGAUACAAUUGAGUGGGGAUUUAUUGAGGAAAUUUUAAGGGGUUCAAGGGAAGGAGAUCCCAUGUCUCCUUUGCUUUUUGUUUUGGGAAUGGAAUAUAUGUCUAGAAUUAUGAAGAAGAUUGGAAAGAAAAUUGGCUUCAAGUAUCAUGAAAGGUACUAUAGUAGUGUGAUGUAUCUUCUUCAGGGUCUUAAGCUUUUCUCAAUGACAUCGAGGUACUGCCUAUACUUGGGGAUUCCUAUUGGGGCUCAAAAGAUUUCGAGUGAAGACUGUGCAAUACUAGCUGAAAAGAUGAAAGGGAGGAUCAGAACCUGGAGUACUAGGCAUCUUUCUUUUGCGGGAAGAGUAGUGUUGAUCAACUUAGUUUUAAUGUCUAUUCAUUCUUACUGGAGUCAAGUGAUGCUGCUACCUUGCAAAGUGAUCAAGGAAAUAGAAUCUAUCUGCAAGUCUUUUCUAUGGAAAGGGCAACACAUGUUUCAAGGGCCUGGUGCCAUUGCUUGGGACAGAGUGUGCCAAAGCAAGACAGCUCGAGGUAUUGGCUUUAAAAGAGUGAGAGAGUGGAACAUGGCUGCAAUGGUGAAGUACAUUUGGGCUGUAGCUAAAAAAGAAUAUAGCUUAUGGGUUAAAUGGGUGCACACAGUCUAUAUCAAAGAAAAAAAUUGGUGGUGCGAUUCAAUUCCCAUACAUGGGAGCUGGUACUGGAGGAAAUUAGUGGCACUGAAGAAUCAACAUAGCUCCUAG